UUGAGCAAGCCAUUCGCCACUUGACGGUAAAAUUGAACGCACCGCGCCUGUUUUGCGACCGGCGAUAUUUAUCUUUUACCAAAAAACAGUCAACCGGAUUAUGGAUCACAUCAAUACCGAGUUCGAUAAGUAUACGAAAAUUUGGAGCGGUCCAAAGGCCACAAAGUUCUUCGAUCCGGAUUGUUCCAUUGGCAAGGUGCUUCUCGCAUUUAUGCGCAACAAUGCCGGAAAUAUAUGUCAGCUGUCCGAUACCGAGGGUACCGCACUCACCAAUGGCGAGGCGAUUAGUUUCGGUAUUCGUCUGGCGCAACACUUCAAGGCAAUGGGUCUGAAGCAAGACGAUGUAAUCGGCAUUGCCGGCGGCAAUACGACUUAUCUGCUGCCCUUGGUUUUGGGUUGUUUGCUGAAUUGUACGCCCUUCCAUGCGAUAAGCCCGCACCAAGAUGAGUCUACUAUUAAAAAUCUAUUCUACACCACUCGUCCGCGUUUGAUCUUUUGUGACGGCAGCAUCUACGAUCGCUUGAGCGCGGUUAGCAAAGUAUUGAAAGCAAAUGUUUAUACAUUGAAGGAACAUCGCAAGGAUUUGCCGAGAAUCGAGGAUUUGCUUGAGCCCACAAAGGGUGAAAUGUUUUAUGUUCCCGAAAAUCUUACCAUUGGCGGAGAUCAAACAGUAGCCAUACUAUGCUCCUCAGGUACCACAGGAACACCUAAGAAUGUUUGCAUUUCCAAUUCUUGCUGCCUCUUCGAUUACGGCUUUGUCUCCAGCAAGGAUGUGCUGCUCUCAUUCAGCACCAUCGACUGGUCGACGGGUUUGUUCAACAUGCUCUUCAGUUGUGGUCAUAGCGCUACGCGCAUUAUUGCCGAUAAACCGUAUACACCGGAAUAUCUGUUGGAACUUAUCGACAAAUAUAAGGUGACUAUUCUGACAUUGGCGCCACGUCAUGUUGCCACGCUCGUCAAGUCACCACUGCUAUCCAAAGAGAAAUUGGUUAGUGUGCGCUUCCUCAGCAUUGGUGGUGGCAAUUGCUAUGUGCCGACCUUGUUAAAGAUGCAGGAAUACUUAACCAACGGUUACAUAUCCUAUGGUUACGCGCUUACCGAAUGUGGCGGUGUUUCCGCCAAUUUGGGCAUCACCAAACCUAGUUCCGUAGGUAAGCUCGUGCCCGCUGUGCGGGUGAAAAUACUCGACGAUGCUGGACGUAGUUUGGGUCAUAAUGAAACCGGCGAAAUACUUGUGCAUAACGGUAAAAUCUGGAACGGUUAUUACGGUAAUCCGAAUGAGACGAAGCGUAUGCAAGACUAUCAGGGUUGGUUUCACACCGGCGAUCUGGGUUACUUCGACAACGAGAACUACUUGUAUGUGUUGGAUAGAAAGAAGGAUACACUCAAGUUUCACGGCAUGCAGUAUUGUCCACACGAGAUCGAACAAGUCGUGGCCGAAUUACCGGAUGUGAUAGAAGUCUGUGUUUUCGGGCUGUGGAAUGAGGUGGAUGGCGAUGCCGCUGCCGCCGCGGUGGUCAAAGUACCGGGCAGUAAAUUGCUGGAACAAGUUAUUGUCGAGUACGUGGCCAAGCGUCUGGUGGUGAUGCACAAGCAGCUGCAUUGCGGUGUAUUCUUUCUGGACGAGCUGCCUAAAACGGGUAGUGGUAAGAUUUUGCGAAACCAAGCGCGCGAUUUGGCGUUGGGGAAAAAGUGGGAAGUGCAUAAGAAUGGUGGCGCGAUGAAUGCUUAGCGUUAUACAUAGUUUUUGUUUUAAGUUUAUUAGUGAAAUUGAAGUAUGUUAAUUAAAAUGUGUUAAACUAAUUUGUUGUUAGCCAUAACAUUAGUUUCUAAUCUAGAUGCGCGCUGUUCAAGUUGUAAAUUCAUAUCAAGUUAUUUAAGCUUAUCUCGUUUUCUGUUAUCGAACAUUUUAGGGUAAGUACAUAUAAUAAUAUAAUAUCAAAUGUACAAAAAAUCACAAAGGA